AUGUCGUCUCCUAGUCCAGGAAAGAAAAGAAUGGACACAGAUGUUGUCAAAUUAAUCGAGAGUAAGUACGAAGUGACAAUACUAGGUGGUUUAAACGAGCUUAUGGUAAAAUUCUUUGGACCUCCAGAAACUCCAUACGAGGGUGGGAUUUGGAAGGUUCGUGUUGAUCUUCCCGAACGAUAUCCUUUCAAAUCUCCCUCAAUUGGAUUCAUGAACAAAAUAUUCCACCCGAAUAUUGAUGAAGCGUCUGGUACAGUUUGUCUUGAUGUCAUAAACCAACAAUGGUCUGCUCUUUAUGACUUAACCAAUAUUUUUGAGUCUUUCUUGCCACAGCUUUUAGCAUAUCCAAAUCCUACAGAUCCACUUAAUAGCGAUGCUGCUUCUUUGUUUAUGUUCAAACCCUCAGAGUAUGUCACAAAAGUAAAAGAAUAUGUCCAACGUUUCGCAAGUGAAGAAGCUUUAAAAGCUGAAGAGAAUAGAGAAGCUGAGUCUAGUUCCUCAGAUGGUGAAAGCUCCAUGUCAGACUACACGGAUGAUAUGGCUAGAGAUAUGGAGCUAUGA